AUACUUUAACCUUAUGAGAACUUGAUGAUUCCUACUCUACCCCCUAAAAGCUCAGAUUUCCAGUCUUCCAUUUAUUCUGUGGUUCCUCACAAAAGAUUAUUAAAACACUGAGAGAAAAUCUCAGUGAGGAAGUCCAACUUAAAGAGGAAAUACUUAGUUUAGUGAAAAGCCUAUACUCCUUUAACUCAAGUCUCUCUUCAGUUAGUUCUGCAGAUAGCUAUGACGAGUUUCUGCCCCCCAACACUGCGACUUCCAUUCCCGCUUCUCCCUCAGCUCCUGGGGAAAGCAGGACCCGCUUGCCUGCGUUGUUGCGUAGAUUGGUAGGGGCGGGCUGGCGCGUGCGCACUGGCCUGUCUGCGGCGGGUGGACCAUGGAGGCCCCACGGCCCUUUGCGCGGGAAUGGUGCUCCCAAUCACUUCCUCGGAUGCGAGGAGGCCUCUUGAAGCUGUGGGUCUGGGAACUCUGGCUACUACUGCUGGAUUUCGGUUUGAACGCGGAACUUCCUCACGAAGAGGACGUAUCCUUUAUCAAUGAGUACGUGAACCUCCACAAUGAGCUCCGGGGCAACGUCCUCCCCCGAGGGUCUAACUUGCGCUUCAUGACUUGGGAUGUAGCUUUGUCACGGACUGCUAGAGCAUGGGGGAAAAAAUGUGUGUUUAAACAUAAUAGUCAUUUAGAAGAACUAAAUAUGGCCCAUCCUAAAUUUAAUGGUAUUGGUGAAAAUAUAUGGGUCGGACCUGAAAAUGAAUUCACUGCAAGUAUUGCUAUCAGAAGUUGGUAUGAAGAGAGGAAAAACUACAAUUUUGAAAAUGACAGUUGCUCUAGUGACUGUUCUAAUUAUAAACAGCUUGUUUGGGACACAUCUUACAAAGUUGGUUGUGCUGUAACUCCAUGUACAAGAGUUGGACAUAUUAGAUAUGCAGCAAUUUUCGUAUGCAACUAUGCACCAGGAGGAUCUCUGUCGAGAAGGCCUUAUAGACCAGGAAUAAUUUGUGCUCGAUGUAGCAGAUUUGACAGAUGCACAGAUUUUCUAUGCAAGACCUACCACAAUGUCUGAAAGAAGGAACGGGAAGGAACAGUUCUCUCCUAAAGAAGCAUGCCAGUUAAUUCCUGAAAUAGCAGCCUGUUUGAGAAUGACUGCUCUAAAGGAUAGGAUAUUCUAAAAUAUUUAUAAAGAGAAAAGAAGUAAAGUAGCACACAUUUAAUAGCCUUUUCUUUUAGUUUUUUUUUCCUCCAAAAUAUUCAAAAAAUAAAAGAAAAUAUGUUGGUUUAAUUUUUCUUUUAGUUUUUCCAAACAUAAGCGCAUGUAAUCCGAAAGUACAACCACACCUGGAACAUAUGAUGCUUAGAAGAAUGUGUUAGGGGAUAAAUUGAGACAGUAAGGGCACACUGUGAUUUUGUGAUAAAGAAGUUAAUGGACAAUUUCAUCAUAAUGCCACUGCUGAUAUGAAUCUACCCUAAUAUUCUUGCCCUUGCUUCACUUGAAUCAAGAUGCAAAAUUUUGCUCUUCCUCUUCCUGUUUUCUUUCUCCUCUAAAAAAAUUCAAUCCUAAAAUCAGUAAGUAGGUCAGAACGAGGUAGGCAUCCACACAGAGGUCCACAAGAUGUGACAUAUUAGAGCCUAAGCGAAUGACAAGGGAUUUAUACACAGUGCAGUAGACAUGAGGAGACAGCCUAAGCAGGGUGAGGACAGUGUCCACAUGGGGGUAUGGUCUUAUAUAGGAGGUUAGAGCCUCUAUCAAGUGAAAUGGGUAUCCAUGAAUGAGGUCAGACUUGGGAUAUCAGAGACAUACCAGGAUGAAGGGAUCUCCAUACCAAGAGCUCUCAGUAAGUGGUAUCUGAGCCCUAAGUAUGAGGAGGAGGGCAUCAACAUGGUUUGGGAGUGAGAAGCCCACCAUAUAGUAUCAGAGACUGAGCAGGUAAGGGCUACAUCCAUAGAGGGAUGGUUCAGCACUGGCUGCUGGAGCCCAAGCAGACUGUGGAAAGGAUUCACAUAUAGCGAUGGCCUGGUAAGAGGUAUUAAAAUCUAUACAGAUAAGGGGGCAUCCAUGUUUAGAGGCAAUUUCACAUGAGGAAUCAGAGUCCAAACUAGGUGAGGAAAGCUUUGAUGUGGGGGAGGUGGCCUGCCAUUGGAGGGAUCAGAGCCCUAGUGGAGUAAGGAAGGAAUCUACAUUGGAGAAGCUCAAAGCUGGGUUUCAUAGUCUGAGCAGGAUAGGAGGGGAUCCAAGUGGAGGAUCAGCCUAUAGGUUGCCAGAUUAAAUACAGGAUGCCCAGUUAAAUUUGAACUUGAAGUAAACCAAAAAAAAAAAACCUUUUAAUAUAAGUAUAUUCCAAAUAUUGCAUGGGAUAUACUUGUCUA